AUGCUAUCAUCGUUUAACCGGACAUUUAAAAGACGAGAGAAUCAUUGUAAGAGUGAUAGUAUUUUUACGGUAGCUAAAGUCGAAGAAAAGAAAAAAGGAAUUAAGUGCAUUGGUUCAACGAACUUAGAACAAUUCCAUACUACGAGAGAUGGAUGCAGUGCACUGUUCACCAAUUCCGGAAGUUAUCGUUCGUUAGAAGGGUUUUAUAGUAAAGCGGCCGAUACCGUCUUCAGUGGUUUGCUGAAGGACGAGUGCCGUAAUGGAUCGCUUAAAAAUGUUUUUCGUUCAUCAGAUACAAAUUACUCUUCGUGCUCUGAAUGUUGUAAAGUAAUUCAAUCUUCUUCAUCAGAAACAAAACAUCACGCAGUUAUUUCCGCGAUAAAGACGGAAGAACAAAUUAACGAGGUAGUUGAAUCCAUGGUAAUGGCGAAUGGUAGUGGUAAAACGCGUAGCAGUAGUAAUCAAACAGCUGAUAGAACCUGCACUGAUGUGGAGAGGAUAUUGCACAACGAAUCAUACAGAAAACCAUUUCAGCAAUUUCUUGAGCAACAAUUUUGUGCUGAAAAUAUUAAUUUUUAUAUGGCCGUAGAAGAUUAUCGUUUGAUACCUGAUUCAGAUUUAGGAAAAAGAGCAGAAGUUGCCCGUCAGAUUUUUGAACGAUAUUUCGCACCAAAUGGCGUAGAACCAGUGAAUAUUGAUAACAGUACAAGUAAAAGCAUCAGAGAUGCUGUUAUAUCAGGAGAUUUUACACCUCAUCUGUAUGAUGUAGCGCAGUAUCAGAUAUUUCAUUUAUUGAAAUAUGAUUGUUGGCCACGUUAUCUGCGUGCUGGUGGCAUAGCCCCAACAUUCGAUGAUGGCCCCGAUGAAACAUCCGAAACUCCAACGACAAGUGAAUCAACUUACCGGAAAUGUCGCGGAGAUAAGAAGCGUAAGUCGUUAAUCUGGCAUGGCCUGAAGCCCAGAUUUUCACGAUGGAAAAAAGCCUGGUCAGAUGGCAGCGAUUCACUGGAACAAAACUUCGAUCAUGGUGGUUCACUCAUGCAUGAGACUGCUGAGCAAUACACAUCACCUCAAUUUUCCAGAUCUCAGCCCAGUUCACGACGGUCUUUAACACAGGAGCAACUGGGAUCAUCGGAUUACGUGGGAAAUAUCCGGGAUCCAUUCUUUGUUAGAUCUGACACCGAACUGAGAGUUGGAAUGUUAAGUAAACACGGUUCGUUGCGACGUCGCGGUUUUACAGUCGCCGGAAAACGUUUCUUGCACACAGAGACAGUCCCGUCUGGUGCUCCACCAUCAAGUACUUCUAGCUCAAGAGUUACUCAAGUGUCCACUAAGUUUUGCACAUUAAUGCUUAAUGAUGCACCUUGUGUGGAGCAAAUUGCUCUUCAUGAUCCGACGGAGUCGGUGGGCAAGUGGACAGCAGUAGUUGCAGCUCAACAUGGUAUGGAUCCGCGUGGAACAGAAGUUGUUGAUGCACAGUCGGGCGCAACGAUUGACCCAGCUCGACAAGCCAUCGAUGCAUUAAAUAAUCGAUGUGUACGUUUGUUACCUGUGCUACUUUUUGCCGCCGAAAUAAUGAUGCCAAAUGCUUCAAAUAAAACGGGUACAUCCACAAAUUCAAGAAUUGUACUAUUGCGGGCCCGACAUGGCCUUUCAUUGAAUGCUGUGUUAAGGCCGGUUUUGGCCAAGUAUUUAAUUGAUUAUGAUUCAUGCGUUGUCGUUCUUCCAAGCUCCUUCGAUGCUGUUAGCUGGCAGACAACUGUUGGUACAAUAAAGCAACGAUUUGUCUUAGUGAUGACUCAGCAAAAAUAUCAAGAAAGAAGGCAUUCACCGAAACGUGAAAUUGCUAAAGAAUUUCAUUCAACACACUUUUCAACGCCAGCAGUGAAUUUGCCUUUCUACCAGCAUGGUGAUGUUGCGUUUGUUGAACUACCUGCUGAUUUCGAUUUACGUACGGGCAAAAUGAAUGCAACACAUUCCUACUCCAAUGCUAAGACUGAUCACACGUCUGGUUUGUUGAAAUUUGUUCGGAAAGCAAGUCAAGCAGUAACAAAUCGUGAAUUACCAUCAUUCGAUACUACCCCCUCGUCAUCGUCGCAUCAGCAGCAUGCGACAUCACAGCAACAGCGACAGCAUUCUGGACGUCACAAUCAUUCUCAGUUAGCGCCUUCCAGUUUUAGUGAUGAAAUAAGGCAAAAAUCGUCAGAAAUAUUUCAAUGGACGUCGAGUACCGCUAUGGCCGAUAUUCCAUAUUGUGGUGAAGAUACUGUGGCUGAAAAUCUUAGGUUACCUGAAACUAUGAGAAGUACUGGUUCGAGAAAACAAAGUAGACGAGUGCAUACUGGUGGUAGAGAGAGGAUGUUUGAAAUUCCGGAAUUUUUGAGGAAGGAAAUUACUCCGGGAAUGCGUGAUACGGAUAAGAACCUGACGUUGGUCGAUUCGAAUGCACCCAAAAUUCCUUCACUGUAUACAUCGACAGUUUCCAGUGAUAAAGACUUUUCGCCAGAUGAUUGUAAGGGAAGUUUGGGAUGGCAGCGUGCCGAUUAUGUAUAG